AGGUCAGCUUUCCAGAUGUGGAAAAGGCGGAAUGGCUAAAUAAGAUUGUGGCCCAGGUCUGGCCCUUCCUGGGCCAGUAUAUGGAGAAGCUUCUGGCUGAAACUGUGGCCCCCGCUGUUCGGGGGUCUAACCCGCAUCUGCAGACGUUCACGUUUACACGGGUGGAACUGGGUGAAAAGCCACUGCGGGUCAUAGGAGUCAAGGUUCACCCUGGACAGAGGAAAGAGCAGAUCCUGCUAGACUUGAACAUCAGCUACGUAGGUGAUGUGCAGAUUGAUGUGGAAGUGAAGAAAUAUUUCUGCAAAGCAGGAGUCAAGGGCAUGCAGCUACAUGGUGUCCUGCGGGUGAUUCUCGAGCCGCUUAUGGGGGACCUUCCCAUUGUGGGGGCCGUGUCAAUGUUCUUUAUCCGACGCCCGACCCUGGACAUCAACUGGACAGGGAUGACCAACCUGCUGGAUAUCCCAGGACUUAGCUCCCUGUCUGACACCAUGAUCAUGGACUCCAUCGCUGCUUUCCUGGUGUUGCCCAACCGACUCCUGGUGCCGCUGGUGCCUGACCUUCACGAUGUGGCCCAGUUGCGUUCCCCUCUGCCCAGGGGCAUCAUUCGGGUUCACCUGCUGGCUGCUCGGGGGCUGAGUUCCAAGGACAAAUACGUGAAGGGCCUGAUUGAGGGCAAGUCUGACCCCUACGCCCUUGUGCGUUUGGGCACCCAGACAUUCUGCAGUCGUGUCAUCGAUGAGGAACUCAACCCCCAGUGGGGAGAGACCUACGAGGUGAUGGUCCACGAGGUCCCGGGGCAGGAGAUUGAAGUGGAGGUGUUUGACAAGGACCCAGAUAAAGAUGACUUCCUGGGCAGAAUGAAGCUGGAUGUAGGGAAGGUGUUACAGGCUGGUGUGCUGGAUGACUGGUUCGCUCUACAAGGUGGGCAAGGCCAAGUUCACCUGAGGCUGGAAUGGCUGUCCCUGUUGCCAGAUGCGGAAAAACUGGAACAGGUUCUGCAGUGGAAUCGGGGAGUGUCCUCUCGACCAGAGCCCCCCUCAGCCGCCAUCUUGGUUGUCUACCUGGACCGGGCCCAGGAUCUUCCUAUGGUGAUCUCUGAACUCUGCUCCCCACAGCUGAAGAAGGGCAACAAGGAACCCAAUCCCAUGGUGCAACUGUCAGUUCAGGAUGUGACUCAGGAGAGCAAGGCUGUCUACAACACCAGCUGCCCGGCAUGGGAGGAAGCUUUCCGGUUCUUCCUACAAGACCCUCGAAGCCAGGAGCUUGAUGUGCAGGUGAAGGAUGACUCCCGGGCCCUGACUUUAGGGGCCCUGAUGCUGCCUCUGGCUCGCCUCCUGACAGCCCCUGAGCUCACCCUGGACCAGUGGUUCCAGCUCAGCAGCUCUGGCGCCAACUCCAGGCUCUACAUGAAACUGGUCAUGAGGGUCUUGUACUUGGACUCGUCAGAAAUUUGCUUCCCCACUGUGCCUGGUACUCCGGGGGCCUGGGACACGGAUAGUGAGAGCCCCCAGAGGGGCAGCAGCGUGGAUGCCCCACCUCGACCCUGUCACACGACUCCUGACAGCCAGUUUGGGACCGAGAGUGUACUUCGGAUCCACGUAUUAGAAGCCCAGGACCUGAUUGCCAAAGACCGUUUCUUGGGGGGACUGGUGAAGGGCAAGUCGGACCCCUACGUCAAACUAAAGCUGGCAGGACGAAGCUUCCGGAGCCGUGUUGUCCGGGAAGAUCUCAAUCCUCGCUGGAAUGAGGCUUUUGAGGUGAUUGUCACAUCAGUUCCAGGCCAAGAGCUAGAGGUUGAAGUCUUUGACAAGGACUUGGACAAGGAUGACUUUCUGGGCAGGUGUAAAGUGAGCCUGACCACUGUCUUAAACAGCGGCUUCCUGGAUGAGUGGCUGACUCUGGAGGACGUCCCGUCGGGCCGCCUGCACUUGCGUCUGGAGCGUCUCACCCCCCGGCCCACUGCUGCUGAGUUAGAGGAGGUGCUACAGGUGAACAGUUUGAUUCAGACGCAGAAGAGUGCGGAACUGGCAGCAGCCCUACUGUCCGUCUACCUGGAGCGGGCAGAAGACCUGCCGCUCCGAAAAGGCAUCAAGCCUCCCAGCCCUUAUGCUACUCUCACCGUGGGGGAUACUUCUCACAAAACCAAGACUGUUUCCCAGAGCUCAGCCCCUGUCUGGGAUGAGAGUGCCUCCUUUCUCAUCAGGAGGCCACACACUGAGAGCCUGGAGUUGCAGGUUCGGGGCGAGGGGAUUGGCACUCUGGGCUCGCUAUCUUUGCCCCUAUCAGAGCUGCUCACGGCCAACCGGCUCUGCUUGGAUCACUGGUUUUCGCUCAGCAAUGGUCAGGGGCAGGUGCUGCUGAGAGCACAACUGGGGAUCCUGGUGUCCCAGCACUCGGGAGUGGAAGCUCACAGCCACAGCUACAGCCACAGCUCCUCAUCUCUGAGUGAAGAACCAGAGCUCUGGGGGGGUCCCCCUCACAUCACCUCCUCAGCCCCAGAGCUCCGGCAGCGCCUGACACACGUUGACAAUCCCCAGGAGGCUCCCGCUGGGCCUCUGGGCCAGGUGAAACUGACUGUGUGGUACUACAGUGAAGAACGCAAGCUGGUCAGCAUCGUCCACAGCUGCCGGGCUCUUCGACAGAAUGGGCGGGACGCCCCUGACCCCUAUGUGUCAUUGUUGCUAAUGCCCGACAAGAGUCGGGGCACCAAGAGGAAGACCUCACAGAAGAAGAGGACUCUAAGUCCUGAAUUCAACGAGCGGUUCGAGUGGGAGCUGCCCCUGGACGAGGCCUUGAGGCGGAAGCUGGAUGUGUCUGUCAAGUCUAAUUCCUCCUUCAUGUCAAGAGAGCGCGAGCUGCUGGGGAAGGUGCAGCUGGACCUGGCUGAGAUAGACCUUUCCCAGGGUGCAGCCCAGUGGUACGACCUGAUGGAUGACAAGGACAAGGGCAGCUCCUAGGCGCCAGCCAUCACCAACCUGACUGCUCGUCUUCUGGCCUUGCCUCGCCUCUUGCUGCGUCACCACCUCCAUGCGAUGAGCCUCACGCAGGCUGGGGGCUAAGGGCGGAGCCUGCGCCCUUCAGCCCUUUCACCUCCCAGGCCCAGAUGAGGGCCUUUGCCUGACCAAAGAGAAGGACCACUGUUCCCUUCACUGCACGGCCUUGAUCCCUUGGGCCCCUGGCAGGGACCUGAGUUGGCCGCUUCCUGCUCUGCCUGCAUGUUGGUCUCCCUUCCUCACAACUCCUCAGGGCCUCUGUUCUUGUGCCUGGCCACUGGCAGCACUAGCAGUGGCAUUAGCUUAUGCCAAAUACAGCUUCUGGAAGGACCUUGUUCUGUAGCCAGACGGUCACCUUCUUCCCUACCAUGAGCAGGCGGGGAGGGCAACACGUGGGUGGGAAGGGAGCCGGGCUGGCUCUCGCUCUGGGCCUUGCAGUCUACUGCAUGCGGUGCCCAUCCAGCAGCCUGGGCCCCGCGUCCAGGUCUGCCUCCUUUCCUCAAGGCCUGUCCUGAAGAUUCUGCCUGCUGUGAUGGCUGGGGCAUGUCUCGGCUCACGCUGGGAACUGCCCAGGCCUGCGAGUGGUGGGGUGUCAGUCUUGGAGCCCCUAGCUGGUGACGUGCAGAGGGCCACGGAUGGCUCAGGACAGCAGAGCCAAUGUUCUGCGUAAGUGCCUAGGCUAUUAACUCACUGGCUAGGACUGGAUCUGGUAUUCAGUCUUGCACCAGCUCUGCCAAGCCACUGUAUCUUAUAUUAAACAUCCUCCAACCAUUG